CGAGAGAUUCGAGGCACUUUCAGGCGCAAGAUGGAGGAGAAAUCAGAUGAUGGGAAGCAGCCUUUGGAAGGAGGCUAUGUCAUGGUUGGCAAGCAGGAUGUUUCAACAAUUCAAGGAACCCUCUUCAUUGAGGCUAGGAUUCGAGACGACGUGGUGAGCGAUCCUCAGCUGGAGAUCUCGGUCUCAAAGUUACGAGAGGACUUGGAAAAACAGUUAUCUUCUUCAAAUGCGACCUUCGAAUUGCUGGAGGAUAUUCUAGCCCACGAAAGAGCUGCCGAGAGGAAAUUGGGUCCAUUCUACCAGUGCUCCAAAUCUGGACUGCAAUCAUUAAAGGUCGUCGAGUACCUUGGCCCCGAGACACUCGAGGGUUGCUUCAAUUCCAGCAGCAUCAGGAUCAAGGUCCACGUGUACGCAUUGCACCACACCCCGCGGUCACUUGCAGAGGAUAAAGACUUUCCUGAAGCAGAAAUCACACAAAUGCCGCAUGGAUUGUUCGAAGGCAAAUGGGAUGAGCUUGUGUUCGAAGACGAUAUCAAAGGAGAUCUCAUAUGGAUGAUGACGAAUAUACUUCGAUUCUCUCAGCGUUUUGAUGGCAGUGGCGGUGAAAUGAACCCACUCAUCCUGCUCUAUGGACCACCUGGGACAGGGAAAACAUCUUUAUGCCAAGGGCUCGCGCAGAAGAUCUCCAUCCGGCUGAGUUCGACUUACAAAAAGACGGAACUUAUCCAGAUAAAGACGGCAGCCCUGAUGUCCAAAUAUUACAGCGAGAGUGCCAAGCAAGUCGACAAGAUCUUCAUGAAGAUCUCACACAUGUGUCAAGAAGACCCUGAGAGAUUCAUCUGCGUUCUAAUCGACGAGGUCGAAAGUAUCGCAAGCUCUCGACAGGCUGUCAUGAUGCGAUCGGAAUCACAAGACUCAUUGAGGGCCACCAACGCUCUGCUGACGGGCUUGGAUCGGACGAGAAGCUACCCAAACCUUAUCUUCCUCUGCACUUCCAAUAUGCUCGAGUCCUUGGAUUCGGCUUUCGUGGACAGAUGCGGUCUUAAGCGGUCCGUUGACCCACCUUCAUUCGCAUCCCAAUAUGAGAUUUUAAGGAGUCGGACGCAAAAGCUUAUCGCUCGAGGGGUCAUACGCUCUCUGGAAGUGCUUCCAUCUUACAUCGAUGCCGACUUGGAUUCAGAUGCCGGCAAAGCGAAUGCUGGAAGCAAGUUAUUGACAUUGGUAAAGCUCAUUCGUUCUGGAAAUACUCAUGCGCAAUCAGGCACAGAGAUCAGUGCCAGAUCACUCACUCAACUGCCAGAACAAGCAAUUUUGAGGUAUCUCAGGGAGGAAGAAUGUGAUCUGGAUCUGGCCUUGGACUUCUUUGAACGAUUCGUCUUAUCCGAGCAGAGCCAAAGCAAGAGAUAUGAAGACAAAAACGCAAAUCCCGAGAACGAUGCAGAGGAAUCCGAGGGUAUUGAGCUUCGAGGUCGAAAGAGGAACUUGAAGAUUGUUCUUGAGGAAGACAGUACAAUUGAUAAACUGGAGGAAGUGCUUGCUGAAUUGCGACGGAGGGCAAAGGAGGUGACGGGCCAAGUUAAGGAGGUUGGCGAAGUCAAGGAGGUUAAAGAGGUGCCACUUUGAGGACUGCUCUUGCUGCUUUUCUUACCAGGCAUUUCCCAUCCCUUUCUUGACUUCUGUCAUUAGUUGACUGAGGACAGAGCUGUACAAUGGGAGACGAAAUCGGGUGGGUCAUGUGACAUGGGCUAUUGCAAUUUCUCCUGCAGCUUCAGCAAUCACGCAGGUCAAUAAGUCAGUCAGCCAGCCAUCAGCUAAGGUAUUUUGACAGCUGAUUGGCUCAUAGGAGGUGGAUCAGCUGACUGACUUAGCUGAUUCUACUAAUCAGCUACUGAUCAGUUGAAGAUAUAAAUCUCAUAAAAUUAAAUUAAACUAGCUUCAAAAUAAUAGCAUCCCC